AUGGCUACUGGUACUUCUGGUAUCCUCAUGCGUCUCACGGUGCCGCGACCGGCCGCUGGCACGUGGAGCAAUUUCAGUCACACAAGCCACCUCUUCACUGCUGCGCAGACACUUGCUUCUCUCGCCACACUAGCGUUACUGCCUCCGCUCUGCGUCAUCUACGUUGUACCAGCGGUGGUCGGUUGGUUCUGCUACCCGCUCGCUAAGCGUGUCACCUACUAUCCCCAGGCUGUGUUGGGAUUCCCCAUGGCCUGGGGUGUAUAUAUAGGUGCCACUUCGAUGGGUGCGGAUCUAUUGAACUUUGCACCUCUUCUUUAUGCAUUGAUGAGUGUAGUCAGACGCGAGUCUACGGAGAAAUCGGGGCUGUCUCUUAUUCUAGAGGCCCUGCUAGAGGUGCAAAUCGACUGGCCCAUCGCCGCCUUUUACGCAGCCAACGUGGUCUGGACACUGUUGUACGAGCUCGUGUACUCGCAUCAAGAUGCCGCUGAAGAUAUAGCAGCCGGGGUCAAGAAUCUGGUCUUGCUGUAUGUCAACCCUGAUGCUCCAAAUUUGGAGGAGCGUUUUGGCACAAUGCCGCUACUCUGUCGACUCGCUUUCACUCAGGUUCUGUUAUUGGCCGCGACCGGCACGUUAGGUGGCUUUGGUUUUGGCUACAACGCUUUGGCUGUCGCAGGGACUGCAGCGACGUUGGCUACCAUGCUCAGCCGCGUGCGCCUAGGAGAGCCGGAGUCUUGCGCCUGGUGGUCCAAAGUAGGAAACUCUCAAUAUGCUGGAAUGGCGAUGUUGGCUGGACUAUCGGCUGAGUACGUGGGGCGAGCUCUGCAACAGUGA